AUGGUUAAAACAACAGAUGAUGCACGUUCACGUUCAGUUACAAACGAUAAAUUAUUACGUAGUAUUCAUAAACUAAUAACGCGAUCAUCUAGUCGACCACAAGGCGUGAUUACCAGUGCCAGGAUAGAAGCACGUUCGAGUUCAACAGAUAAAAUCAGUAAAAAAGCCUUAUCAAGAAAACAAUUAUCAAACAAACAGUCCCAAAUAGCAAAAACAAACACAUUUGUUGCAGCAACAGAUUUAAGUAAUCAGGAUGAAUCAGCGUCGAAAAUGGAUGAUGGCAGUGAUGUAAGUAGUAAAAGUGAUGUAUUACUAGUAAAGAAACAAAGAAAACGAAAAACAACUCCCGUAUUUGAAUUUGCUCAAAGAGUUAAUCCUAAUGAAAUUAAAUGUUUAUCAUGUAAUAAGGCAGGAUGGCAUUUUGUACCACAUGGUACUUUAGCUGCUUGUACAACAAAAUGUGUUCUAUUCCCAAGAUAUGAUGUUAAUGAUCUCAUAGAUUUAACAAAAUGUAAUUUUUCUAAAUCACAUGCUAUUGAUUCUCAAACGGUACCGACACAAACAUUUAUUCAAGCUUAUAAAGAUUAUGUUAGUAGUGGUGUUAAUCCAGUUUCAGAAGCUUAUGCUUGUAAUGGUGGUUGUGCUACAAAAAUAUGUCCAUGCAAAGCAGUUAACAUACAAAUAUAUAAAAACGUAAACUCUUUGACAUAUUCAGCAAGUUCCUGUGCUGCUGGCUCUCUUGAUAAUAAAUAA